CUGUACUUUCACUGUGGAACGGUGAAGUCGCACCUUCUGUGUAGUGUGUAGUAAAACUUGAACUUUGUUGGGUUUUUUGGACUAUUUUAAAGUGUAAACAUGGGGCGCAUCAACACCUGCCUCAAACGGAUCUUCACGAUCUUCAACAUCCUGUUCGUGAUUAUUGGAAUCGUUAUCAUUGUUCUGGCUGGUGUGGUUCAGCUGUACACCCGCGACAAAAGUGAUAUGGAACAUCGAACCCAAGGUCUCAUUGGGUUGUACACUGUGGGCAUCCUCACAACAGUGAUUGCCCUCUUGGGGGCCUACGGGGCCCACAAAGAGAGCAAAUCGAGUCUGGUGUCAUUCCUCGUCUGUAUGGUCAUUGGAGGUCUGAUGAUGUUCCGAGCUGGGAUCUACUUGGCCUUGGCCCGCCCUGGGGGUGAGAGUGGGUUGGAACUUAUGCUCCGUCAACUUGUGCCUCUGGACAAUCAACCAGACAAACUGAAGGACAUGGUUGAGACACUGCAAUACUCGGAACAUUGCUGUGGUCUGUUUGGCGAUGACGACUGGAAGACGAUCCCUCUCUCAUGUCAUUGCCAGAUGGAGGAGGAGUUUGGCAGGUGCAAGUCUGUCAUUCGGUAUAAACAAUCAUAUUCAUCUUAUUUUCACCAACCUUCCCCAGAGCAACACUUUGUCUACUCUAAGCCGUGUUUUCCUGUCAUACGUUACUUCUACCAGCUUGUAACUGACAUUGAGAUUGCCAUCGUUUUCACUCUCGCAUCCUUGGCUCUUCUGGGCACGGGUCUGUCCUCCUUCAUGAUCCACCAGCUAAACCGUGUGAACAGACCCACCGUACUGUUGACGGCAUCUGCCAUCUUCAACCCUCAGUCUCCAAAGUACCAGGAGCUGCAGAACCUUCCAAAAUAUGAGGAGGUGCAGAACCUUCCAAAAUAUGAGGAGGUGCAGAACCUUCCAAAAUACGAGGAGGUGCAGAACCCUCCUCAGUAUACUGAGCACUGAGUCAGCAAUGAACCGGUCCACUUAUCAGAGGUUAAUGUGAUGCACAGGUUCAAGAGUUUAUACGUGUCUGUUUUGCUAUUAUGUGUUUAGAUAAAUGUGUUGUAUCAGUCAGGAGCUCUGGCUGGUGGCUCCAUUGAAAAUUAUGCAAACAUUGUUAGAACUGUGUCAAACACUGGGGUGAAUGGUUUUAGAUAAAAAGCUGCUUAGAGGUUUGCAUUUGCAUGUCGUUACGUUCCAACUCCACUAGAGGGAAUGUGCUCGGUGUCGUAGUGGGCAGUGUUUACAGUUUGCUUUAGCCAAAGAUCAUUUGUAAAUGCAUCAUAGGGCAAUUAUUUCACUUUUUACAAAGUUGUGUUGAGUUCACAAAAUGAUUUUCUUUUGUCUCAGUAAAAGGGAUGGUUCAAAUUAAGCUAAAAAAAAAAAGAUGGAAUAUUUCAAAGCCUUUUAAAGUGCACUGGAAAAAUUAUAGUAAAUAUGAUCUGUCAUUUUUGAAAUUAAAAAAAAGUAAAAGUGUAACUCGUCGAGAUAGAACUUGAAGAAACAAUCUUUGCAACUCCAGUUCAUUACCACAAAAUUUGUUAUUGGUUAAAAGUCUGAGAAUUCAAAGAGAAAUCAAAAUAUAUCCUUUUAAUUUACUAAUUCUGGGUUUUGACAGUUUUUCAGUUUUCCACAAAUAAUUUUUUCCCUUAAAAUGUUGCAUAAAGAAAAGAUGUGUGAUCCAUCAGUGGCGAAUGAAUGUAUUGACUUAAAAUCAAUGUGAGGCUUUUUCCUUCUGUUUUGCUCAACAGCUUUUAGAAUGUACAUCAAAGUACAAGCAAAAAAAAAAUGGGUGUUUUUAAAAAGUUCACUUAUUUUUGUACUUUUUAUAUACUUGUGGUGUCUUAAGAUGGAAUAAAAAUAAUAAAAUGA